AUGGGAGGCUUCCUUUACUCACAAUUCUUCGUUACCCCACAAUACCCCGGCCAGUCAUUCACCGGCCAGACCGUGCUAGUCACGGGCGCCAAUGCAGGACUGGGCCUCGAGGCUGCACGCCAUAUCACGCGUCUGGGAGCUGAAAAAGUGAUCCUCGGCGUCCGCAAUGUGGUCGCAGGUGAAGCAGCCAAAGAAGAUAUUGAGAAAUCCACCGGGCGCUCCGGCGUCUGCGAGGUAUGGAAAGUGGAUCUCGCGUCGCACGAAUCAACCCUUGCAUUUGCCGAUCGCAUUGCAACUCUUCCCAAAUUGGACAACGCGAUUCUGAACGCUGCAAUCGCCACCAAAGACUUCAAUGUCGCCGAAGGAUAUGAAGAAACUAUCACAAUCAAUGUGAUCAACAGUCUUCUCCUCGGUAUCCUCCUCCUCCCUACCCUGAAAGCAACUCGACAGAAGAACCCAUCCUCCACACCGCGUCUCACAUUCGUUGUCAGCGAAGUCCACGCCUGGGUCAAUUUCCCAGAAUGGACAGAGGAAAAUCCCCUAAAGGUCGUCAGUGACCCAUCGCGAGCGAAGAUGGGUGAACGAUACAUGCUCUCAAAGCUGCUGGAGGUGUUGUUAGUGCAGGAGCUAGCGAGUCGGGUACGUGGGUCCGAGGUGAUCAUCAACAUGCUUAAUCCCGGUCUAUGUCACUCGCAGUUGACGAGGAACAAUGAACCCUGGGCCUUUACGGUGUUUAAGUUUUUGGUUGCUCGAAGCACAGAAGUGGGAUCUAGAACGCUGGUUGCUAGCGCUGCGGCUGGUCUGGAAAGCCACGGCGCGUAUAUGACCAACGGAGAAGUGGACAAUACUAUGUUUUCAUCGUUUGUUCGGAGUGAUGAGGGGCGCCAGGCUCGUGAAAAGGUCUGGGGGGAGCUGUCGUCGAUCCUGGAGGGUGUUCGUCCGGGGGUUAUGCAGGGUCUGUGA